AUGAGUUCUGGGGGAGAUGCGAAACUAUUUGCUAGGCCCCCCAUGUUUAUUGGGUUUGCACCCUAUCCUGCAGGAUAUGGCUCACGCUUUUCGCGCACUGCACAGGGCAAGGUCGCCGAGCUACGAACUGAGCUUCAAAGCGGCGGCAAGAAGGACAAGAACUAUUCCGCCAAAAAGAUUGCCCUCAAGAAGAUCGUCGCCAAUAUGACUAUGAGCAAUAACGACAUGGUCGCGCUGUUCCCCGACGUUAUUGAGUGCAUGAACCUACCGAGUUUGGAGAUCAAGAAGAUGUGUUUUUUAUUCUUGGUGAACUAUUCAAGGAUGAAACCAGACGCCGCGUUGAAGGCGCUGCCCACUUUAGUUGAUGACAUGGGUGACAAUAACCCUCUCGUGCGAGCGCUUGCCCUACGAACCAUUUCAUAUAUCCAUGUGCGCGAAUUCGUCGAAGCGACAUUCCAACCCCUCAAGCGCCUCAUGCAAGAUAACGAUCCAUAUGUGCGCAAGACAGCUGCUUUCUGCGUCGCCAAGCUGUACGAGCAUGACAAGAAAAUGGUCGAGAACUCGGAUUUGAUUGAUCGCUUGAAUCGCAUGCUCAAGGAUGAGAACCCAACUGUUGUCUCCAGUGUGUUGGCUUCAUUGGUGGAUAUCUGGGGUCGCAGUGAAUCGAUCUCUCUGACCAUCGACUACACCAGUGCUUCAAAGUUGGUCUCGAUUCUGGCGGACUGCUCCGAAUGGGGUCAAACCUACAUUCUUGAAGCAUUGAUGUCCUAUGUGCCCCAGGACACCGCCGAGGCACUCCUGCUGGCAGAGCGAGUUGCUCCACGGCUAUCUCAUUCUAACUCCGCAGUCGUUUUAACAUCCUGCCGAGUUCUUCUUUACCUAAUGAACUAUAUCUCCGAUGAAAAGCACAUCACCUCAUUAAGCAAGAAAAUGUCACCGCCUCUUGUGACUCUCCUCGCUAAGCCUCCGGAGGUUCAAUAUCUGGCCCUGCGCAAUGCCAUUCUCAUUCUUCAAAAGAGGCCAGAAGUCCUCCGCAAUGAUAUUCGCGUUUUCUUCUGCAACUAUAACGACCCGAUUUACGUCAAAGUGACCAAGCUGGAGUUGAUGUUCAUGUUGACGACAAAAGAUAACAUUUCCGUUGUUUUGGCGGAACUCCGAGAAUAUGCUACCGAAAUUGAUGUUCACUUCGUGCGUAAGGCAGUCCGUGCUAUUGGAAAGCUUGCAAUCAAGAUUGAGUCUGCUGCUCGGCAAUGUAUUGACACACUACUGGAACUGGUUGACGCCAAGAUCCCAUACAUUGUCCAAGAAGCCACCGUUGUGAUUCGCAACAUCUUCCGGAAGUACCCAAAUCAAUAUGAGGGUAUCAUUGGCCACGUCAUUAGCAACAUCGAUGACCUGGACGAACCCGAGGCCAAGGCAGCCGUCAUCUGGAUUAUUGGCCAAUAUGCCGAUCGAAUUGAAAACUCCGACGGUCUUCUCCAGGACUACCUUGCUACUUUCCACGAUGAAACGGUCGAAGUGCAGCUGGCUCUGCUCACGGCCACAGUGAAGCUCUUCAUCCAACGGCCAACCAAGGGCCAAGAGCUCGUUCCCCAAGUUCUAAAGUGGUGCACGGAGGAGACCGAUGACCCGGACCUUCGAGACCGCGGCUACAUGUACUGGCGACUCCUGUCCACCGACCCAGCAACCGCCAAGCAAGUAGUCAUGGGCCAAAAACCACCCAUCACCGCCGAGAGCGAGAAGCUUGACUCGCGCACCCUGGAAGAACUCUGUCUGAACGUCGGAACCCUAGCCACGGUCUACCUCAAGCCCAUUCACCAAGUCUUCCGCGCCGCCCGUCCCCGUCGCCUGCAGCCCAGCCCAGCCCUCCAACGGCCCCGCGUCGAAGAUGGCACAGCCAGCAUGCUCGAAUACAAUCCUCCGACCGCUAACCUCGCCCCCGCCUCAACGAGCAACAGUGGUCUCGCCACAAUCAUUACAACGGGCAAUCCCAUCAGCCCUAUAAAUGCUCCUCCCCCUCCUACAUUCCCUAUUAGUGGAAAUGUCGUUCCGGGUGGUCUCAGCCCCAAUUCCGCUGCUAUUAGCGCGGCAGACUCCUACUUCAGCAAUAUCGGUUCUCAACAAAUGGCUUCUAUGAAUCUAGGAGGCCGUGACGACGGUGAUGUAGGUGGUGGGGGCGCCCAGUCUCAAUACGUCGUUACUCAGAACUCGCAGCAGGUGUAUCAGCCGCAGUUCGCCGGUGGUGCGGCCACGGGUGAAUUGCUUUUGCUUUAG